AGCGAGGCGAGGAUGUCGUGAGUCGUGACGACGGAAACGGAGGAGAAAACGAGGCGCCGCGCCGCCGCCGCCGCCGCCCAAUGCGUGCGCCUCCCGCCGCCUCAGAUCCCCACCACAAACCCUAGGGCUCUGCCUUCGCCUCGGGCUCCGGCUGCUGCGAGCGCGCCACGGACGUCGCCGGCGACCGGCGGGCCGAUGCGAGAUCAGGGCGUCCUCGGAGCGUGCUAGUGCGGGGCGUCUCCUCGGAUAGAGGGGGAGGGAGCGGUAGCCCUAGACGCGCUUCCGUUCCGUGGCCUGAAGGGGAGCAGAUCGGUCGAGGUGGGGGGGAUGCCGGGGGACGUGGGGACCUCGCCGACGGCGGCGCCGCCGCCGUCCGCGUCCUCGCAGCAGAGUCACCACGCCACCUCCGCGCGCGGCCUCCUCUGCCACGCCGGCGCCGGCGCCUCCGCUGGUGUGGUAGCGGCGACCUUCGUGUGUCCGUUAGAUGUGAUCAAGACUAGGUUUCAGGUGCACGGCUGGCCCAAAAUCACUACCGGAACAUUUGGAGGUAGUGUGAUAAUUGGAAGCUUACAACAGAUUGCUCAGAGGGAAGGUUUUCGGGGAAUGUAUCGUGGUCUAUCCCCAACUAUUCUGGCACUCUUGCCUAACUGGGCGGUCUAUUUUACUGUGUAUGAGCAGCUUAAAAGCUUGCUUUCUUCCGAUGAUGGUAGUCACCAGCUGUCCUUAGGGGCAAAUGUUAUUGCUGCAUCAUGUGCUGGAGGUGCAACUACUAUUGCAACAAAUCCACUUUGGGUUGUGAAGACAAGAUUUCAGACCCAAGGAAUAAGAGCUGGGGUGAUCCCAUACAAAAGUACACUCUCUGCUUUGAAAAGAAUAGCACAUGAGGAAGGCAUUCGUGGACUUUACAGCGGACUUGUCCCUGCCUUGGCCGGUAUCAGUCAUGUUGCUAUUCAGUUUCCUGCAUAUGAGAAAAUCAAAGCUUAUCUGGCUGAGCGAGAUAAUACUACUGUGGAGGCAUUAAGUUUUGGUGAUGUUGCUGUUGCUUCAUCUCUAGCUAAAGUUGCUGCAUCAACGUUGACAUAUCCCCAUGAGGUUGUUCGCUCAAGGUUACAAGAGCAGGGAGCACACUCUGAAGCAAGAUAUAAAGGUGUGAUGGACUGUAUCAGAAAGGUUUAUCAUAAAGAGGGUGUGACUGGUUUCUACCGUGGAUGUGCAACAAAUCUGUUGCGAACAACCCCUGCUGCAGUAAUAACAUUUACCAGCUUUGAGAUGAUUCACAGGUUCCUUCUUGAUGUAUUCCCUCCUUUCCCUGACCAGCGACCCCAACCACUGAAACAUUGAUUGUAUGUCUUGUCUCCUAUCCAUGUUGUCACUGUUGAGUAGAAACCCAGUAAACCAUCCGCAUUUACCUUGUUAGAGGGCUCUCCUAAAAGAGAAAUUUUGAUAAUGCAACAGGUAGCUACCACUGAAAGCACAAAAUAUAGUGUAGGACAGGAAUUAGCAUUUCUGUAUGUAUUAUUACUUUUGAUAGCAUGCAAUGGGGAGGUAUAUGGGUUUAGGGCUGUGGGGACAUGGUGGUAGUUGAUGGGUAUGUUGUCCGAUGAUGAUGAUGAAAAAAAUAAUAAUAUCAGGUGGAUACAAUAAUUGCUCCAUUCAUUUUA